AUGAAGGCCCCCAUUCGAGACCAUGCCAUCUUUUGGGGCCAUCCCAUCAGCACUAUUGCUCACCUUGUGAUUUCAUCUUCAAAAGAUCGUCUAUUAGGCGCUUGCGAAUUGAAGCUAGAAGUAUAUCAGGAAUUAGGUGGUAAUAAUAAGAAUAUCACUUCAGUGGGGACUUUGUCGAUCAAUUUGUCAGAAUAUGCGAGUGCCGGAUUGGUGACAAGGAGAUAUUUACUGGAUCAAUGUAAAUUCAACUCGACACUAAAGUUGUCAAUUAAAGUCGACCAGAAAUCAGAUGCAUUAACAGAAUUCAAUACGUAA